CCGGUCUUCCGCUGUGGUACGCUAUAGAAUCCGCUGCGAAGAAACCGUCCACGGAAGGAAUUGGGGGCGGAAGCAACGUGAGAGAAAAAAACCGAGUGCCAGAGCCGGCGACCAUCUCAUAAGAGAAAGAAGCGGCUAGAUUUCCCAACGGGCCGGCUACCCCAUGGCUUCCCAUAUUAUCUCCAUCAAACCCUUCUUUAUCCGCUCCUCGCCCUCCCCCACCUCUCUCGUCGGCGCUAACCACACCUCCGCCCGCUUCUGCUCCCGUUAAAGCCUCUCCGACCACUCUCCGUUAGGUUUCCGGCUAGGACUAGGUUUAGGGUUUGGAUUCUUUUAUUUUUUUUUAAUACUGAUUCUUUGCUAUUCUUUUCCGGCCAUGGAGCCGGUUGCGAAAUCGAGCUCCGUGAAGAACAUCGUGGUGCGCAUGCUGCUCUUCGGCGUCUUUGUCCUCCUCCUCCGCUUUGUCUACGUCGUCACCAUGUACGAUGGUCCCUGCAACUCCGGCGACUUCUGCAUCCUCUCCUUCCCCGGCGACGGCCUCAGCGUCGCCGGCGCCGGCGCUGCCGUCUCCACCGGCUCCGCCGCCUUCGUCCGCGUCGCCGCCGGCUCCACCGCCGCCACCCCCGCCCUCUGGACCAGCCGGGAGUGGCGCAAGGCCGUGGACUACUACUCCGCCCUGUUCCAGGACCUCCUUGUCGAGGGCUUCCUCUCCCCGACGGCCAAGUCCCUCUGCGUCGACACCCCCGCCGGCCAUGAGGUCCUCGCCCUCAAGGAGAUCGGCGUCCCGGACGCCGUAGGCGUCGCCAAGAAGAAGGCCGCGCCGCUCGUCGUCUCGGGCGGCGACCUCCUCCACCUGCCGUUCCGCAACGGCACCUUCGACUUCAUCUUCGCCGGCCGGAGCCUCGACCGGUCCAAGCGGCCGGCGGAUCUCGCCGCGGAAAUCGAGCGGAAGCUGAAGCCUGAAGGGCUUCUGGCUGUCCUCACCGCCUCCGCCGGCGACGCGUACAGCCUUCACUCCCUCGUCGAUCUCUUCCCCUCCUGCCAGAAGCUCCGCUCCCGCGAGAUCGAGGGCCCAGAUUCGUCCUCAGCCCUCCGCGAGAUCGUGUUCCAGAAGAAAUUCGGCAGCGAGAUUCUCUCCUUCAAUAGAAAGAAUUCCAAUCCUUCCUCUGGUGGCAAUUCCGUGAACAAAUGUUCCAUCCCUGAGCACAAACUCCAAAUUCUAAAAUCCGCGGAGCCUCUGAUCAAAGAGGAGCCAUUGAAGCCAUGGAUCGCCCUGAAGAGAAACAUCAGGAACAUCAAAUACCUUCCAUCCAUGGCGGAUAUAAGCUUCAAGCCGAGGUACGUGUAUGUCGACGUCGGUGCCCGGAGCUACGGCUCAAGCAUCGGGAGCUGGUUCAGGAAGCAGUACCCCAAGCAGAACCACACUUUCGAUAUCUAUGCCAUCGAGGCUGACCGGGCGUUCCAUGACGAGUAUGCGGCCAAGAAGAAUGUGAAGUUGCUGCCUUUCGCUGCUUGGGUGCGUAAUGAGACCCUGACGUUCGAGAUCAAUCGUGACCCGGAGCAGCAUGAUGCAGAGAAAGAGAAAGGUGGCCGUGGGAUGGGUCGGAUUAGGCCGGUCCAUGGGCCCUCCGAAGGUGUGUCGUCAGGGGAGGUGCAUACAAUUCAUGGAUUCGAUUUUGCUGAGUGGUUGAAGAGUUCGGUGUCGGAGAAGGAUUUUGUGGUGAUGAAGAUGGACGUGGAGGGGACAGAGUUCGAUCUGGUGCCGAGGCUGUUCGAGACUGGGGCCAUCUGUUUGAUAGAUGAACUCUUUCUGGAGUGCCACUAUAACCGGUGGCAGAGGUGCUGCCCAGGGGUGAGGACACCGAAGUACAGGAACACCUACGGGGAGUGCUUGAACCUGUUCACUUCGCUCAGGAAGAGCGGCGUUCUUGUUCAUCAGUGGUGGUGAUCGGUAACCGAUUACUAACACUGGCAGUCAUAAUUACACUUACAGCUUUUCAUAUGAAUUGCUUUCUUUUUCUUUUCUUUUUUUCUUUUUAAUGCUUCUUCAUUGGUUGAGAUUUAUGUAGCUUCCACCGAGCAAAUAAAGAACCCAAUUCUUUUCAAUGUCAUUGUUCUGAAUGCUCAUUCAUCUUUUAAUGGUCUUUACUGGUGCAGUUCAGCUA